UACGUUCUCAAACUUCCUGGUCUAAAAUAAAUAAUAUAAUUGUGUAAGAUGACGGACUCAGAGGUGAAAUCUAAAUAUCAGUUUACCUAUUUAAAAAAUUGUUGGAUUAAAAUUUGUAUACAUUUAUAUAACUGUGUGUAUAGCUUAUGUACAUACUGGAACUGUUGAUAGAAUAUACAUACUUGACAAUAAGGCAGCAUUAAAAGGGAGUAAUAUACGACUUGUUUGUGGAAUAUCAGAGUUUACUUCUGGCCAGCUAGAAAUCUACUGGAGUGAAACUCGUCUUCCGACAUCACUCACUGAUAUCCAGUCCAAAGUUCAGUGUUUCCAGUCAGCGUGUCUGACAAUAUCUGUUGGUAGAUAUACAUUUCGUGCUGACAACAGUAAUGUCUACAUCAACAUUACCAGUGUAAACAGAUCAGAGGAUCAGAAAUGGUGGACAUGUGCCAUAGGAAAUCAAAGGAAAGACAUGCUGCUAAAUGUCAUAACUGUACCAUUAUCACUCCAAUAUGAAAAUACUGUAACCCAAAAUCAAGAUUUAGCAAAGAAUGCAGUACAGUUAAAAUGUAGUACAGGGUGUUCCUAUCCUGAGCCAACAUUUACUUGGUUUUACUCUGAGCCAGGAAAAGAUACCUUUCUAGUCUGGCCAUCAUCGGGGUCUGCUUCUGAUACAGUAGCAGGAUGUUCUGACUCUGAGAGAAAAUAUUCUUCAACUUUAUCUCUUUCACGAUAUACAACAUUUCCUGGUAACAUACAAAAAACUGUUCAGUUUAAAUGCAGUAUAGAAUCAUUAACUGGAAUGUCUGAACAACUAUACACAUCUUUCUCUACUGAUAUUCAGUUUGCUGUUAGGGUUUCAAAUGCUACACUCAAAGAUGGAACUAGUACAGUUACUGAACAACUACAAGUAAUAAGUGGUUUAAGUAAAACAUUGACAUGUGACACAAGCGUGAGUAGACCCGCAGCUACGAUAGUGUGGUAUAUUGGAACACAAGAGAAACACAGGUCUACAUUUUCUACUUUUUCAUUCAAUCCACAGACCACCGAUCACAACAAAACAGUCUACUGUAAAGCCUUUAACAUACAACCAGAGAAUCAAGCUGUCAUUUCAUACAAAUCAGUACUUUUUGUUCAAGAACGGACAAACGUAAAAUCGUUUUAUAUUGGACAGAAUGAAAGUCAAACGGUGGCGACAUUAGAGGAACAUGAUGUGAACAUUCCGCUUACUUGCAUUGUAACUGGAACAUCUGCCAAAGAACUUUAUAUCAUAUUUAACGGGGACAUUAUUGCAAGACAGUCUAACACAAAUAAAUUAGAAUACAAUGUUCAAGACAUUACUUGUUCUACAGGCGGCAUUUAUAUUUGCAGUGCAGUUGAUAAUUUCGGUGCCUCAACAAACAAAACUGUUACGUUAUUUGUAGAUUGUUCUCCACGACCAGUUCGACAAGUUCUUCACAAUAUAACGAGUCAGGUCGGUAAAUCCGUAACACUUUCCUUCAUGGUAAUAGCUUAUCCUACACCUGGACCUAAGGGAUUUUCAUGGUUCAUGGAAGACCGACUUAACUGGAUUUCUUUACUGAGUAACGAAGAUCUUAAAAUUUCAUCAUCUGAUUUUGAGACAAAUUUAACAAUCUCAAAUGUAUCUCUUGAACAUUACGGAAAAUAUCGUGUAACUACUGUUAACAGAAUCGGUUCAUACGACCAGAUAUUGUUCCUCUCAGAGAAAGAUUUCAGACCUGACACGUGCAAUACGUGCAAUAAAAAGAAAUGCUCCUUUACAACUACAAUAGUUCUCGGAAUAGUAUGUGUCGUUCUGGUUGGCUAUGGUACUGGUGUAUCCAUAUUGUACAAAAGAAAUACCAUUAAGAAAGGUAAAACAACACAUUCAAGAUAUGGAUCCAGAACUAGGAAUGACAAUAUAGGAAAUACUAUUGAUGUAACAGAGGAACAAGAUUACGAAAAUAAUGUUACAGAAGCUGACGAGGACACUUCGAAACAAUAUACUGAGCUGACACAUUACUCUAACGAUACUGCACCAUAUGAACCGUUACGUGUUUAGAUAAGAUGGUUGUAACUUGCUUAAAACUCUUGGUGAAAAUGUUUGUAUAAAAGUGAAGUGAAAUAUUCACAUUGAGUGGUUUAUUUCAUAUACACGUACAACGUAAAAUAUUUGAUACACCCACCAUCGCCAUGGUUUGAAUAUAUUUUGAUAUAUAAAGAAGUUACAAGUUAAAUGUUGAUGCUGCACAUCAAAGACGCCGCCAAAAGAUUUGAACAGUCAAUCAGCAUUGACAAUCGUUCUCUACUACAGUUGAAUAUCCGAAGUACAAAUCAGUUUUUUUCUCCAUGUUCUUGGUAUGUGCUCGUUGUUUAAUAAUUAAGUUGCAUAUUUUUUUGUGAAAAAGUAGAGCCUAAUGCAUAAAUUCACAAAGUAAUGACAUGUCUGAAAUUCUUAAAUGUUUGUCUGUUGCGACAAAGAUUGAGACGUCUGGUCAAAGCAAAAUAAAUUGGAUAACAAAUAAAAAUUGAAAUGAUUGGUAUACUUAAAAUAAAUUCAAGACAAUAUGUGCCGAAAAUAUGUCCAUUUAAAUAUUGGUACGAAUUGCAUAAUGUUCGAGCGAUUUUGAGGACGAACUGUUCUGCAGUGAUCUUCCCUUACUGACCGUAGCGUAACUGGUGUACUUCCUUAACGGUUGAGGCAGAACCGCCUCUCUGAUAUUGGUCGUGGUUAAGGCUUUGUAACUUGUAAUUUAAUGAUUCGACAAGUGAUAUUGAUCAAAGUUGUCCUGGUCCCCUUCCGCCCCGUCAAUGAAGACUAAAUGCAAGCAUAUUUACGAAGCAUCAUAUUAAAUUUGGCGACAAUAAAAGGCGUAGCCGAACUUCAACAGAGGCGGAGCAAAUGAAAUAAGUGACACUGCCUAAGUCGUUACCUCUCUCAACGGUUAAGUUUUAGAACGAUCGACUAUAGACUGGCUCAUUGGCACAUUGGCUCAUUUAUUAUGUAAUAGAUAAAAUUAGAUAAUGAUAAAAAGAAUAUGAUUUUCAUGAUGGCGCUGUCACUUCAGUUAAACGUUGGAUCUAAUCCCUUACAGCUCUGUGACAUGUUGUACAUCAGAAAAACUAUUUUUAUUAGAAAAUUUGAAAACAGUUUGAUUUUGUUAAAACAAAAAAAAAACAACACAAAAUCAAGUCUAAAAUUUUCCCCAUUGCUGUAUGGACAAAUGCAUAUAUACUAGACGCCGUCUAAGUUAUGAGGUAUACUACUGUGAUUUGUUUAAGACUUGAAUUGGGGUCAUCUACCUUUCAGAAACUUAAGAGUGCGAAUGCACAAAUGAAAUAUAUUUGUUUCUCUUUGAAAGACCGGUUGGGACAAUUCAACUUCAUGAGUUCCCGAUUCGUCUUCGUGAUUUCACAAUUUUUUACUUUGUUAAUUCACGUAAUCAGCAUACGGGAUUCACGAAUUCUGGAUUUUAGCUUCAUGAAUUGACGAAGUUGAAUUCGUAAAGUUGAAAUCGUGAAUUCGUGAUGUUAAAGUCGUGAACUUAUUAAGUUUGAAAUCGUGAAUUCACAAAGAUGCACAAAGAUGAAGUCGGGAAUUCAUGAAGUUCAAAUGUCCUCACCGGUUUUUCGUAUCAUUGUUUCGAGUUCAAUUGUUUCCACUGAGUUUUGUUUUUACUUUCAUGAUAUUUAAUUGAUUAUAUCUAAAAUAUUAUCUCCUUGCUUUAAAAAUAUAUGCAUCGUAUAAAUUAAUAAUAUAUGUAUUUAAUGAAAUAUUUGUGAAUAUUCACACUGUUUUUUUCUUCUUAUUCUACCUAAAUAUCAUUUUAUCGUUUUUGCAAAUGUUAAUAACAUUAUUUUAUGCAACGUUGUAUUAGACGUUGCCCGACAUUGUCAUGUAUAUUUGGAAUACUGUGGCUAUAUGUUUCAUCCAAUAUACCUAAAGAAAAAUAAAACUGUUAUUUAUCUGAGUAAUAUAUAAUAAAAUGCAGGCACU